AUGGCCCAACCAACUUCCAUAGCAAUCAUCGGCUCCUUAAACAUAGACUUCAUCACACGCACCAAGCGCAUGCCAGCCGCAGGCGAAACGCUCGCCGCCCUCUCCUUCGACACGGGCUUCGGCGGCAAAGGCGCCAACCAAGCCGUAGCCUGCGCCCGGCUCGCUCCCAAAGACGUGCGCGUCAGCAUGGUCGGGAAUGUCGGGGACGACAUUUUCGGCGCCGACUACUUCGCUGGUCUUGGGAAGGAGGGCAUCGACACGAGCUGUGUCCGGAAGUUGAGCGGUCAGAAGACUGGAAUUGCGAAUAUUAUCGUUGAGGAGGAGACGGGGGAGAAUCGGAUUUUGAUUACGGCGAAUGCGAAUUUUGCUUUUGAGAAGGUGGUUAGUGCUGAGUGGGAUUUGGUGCCGAAGGGGGCGGGGAUGGUGGUGUUUCAGUUGGAGAUCCCGCUUGAGGUGGUCCUGCACAACAUGAAGAAAGCGAGUGAAAGCGGGAAGCAUGUCAUUCUCAACCCUGCUCCCGCGCUUCUGCUUCCCGACUUCGCGUACCAGGACAUCGACACUCUCAUCAUGAACGAGACCGAGUCGGAGAUCCUAGCAGGUCGAUUCGACGAAAGCAAGAACCACCAAAAACUCACGCCCGAGGAGCUAGCCCCGCUGUUCCUCAGAUGGGGAGUCAAAGAAGCAGUCAUCAUCACCCUUGGCAGCGAAGGUCUGGUGUACGUCACGGCUUCUGGAGCAUCAGGUCGCGUGCCGGCUCGAAAGGUGAAGGUGGUGGACACGACCGCUGCUGGCGACACAUUUGUUGGCGCGUAUGCGGUUCAGCGCGUAAGACAUGCAGGAGGGCCUUUCGACUACCAGUCCGCGCUUGAUUUCGCCUCGUUGGCCGCGUCGAAGUCGGUGGAGAAGGCCGGUGCCAUGGCUGCCAUUCCGUAUUUGGCGGAUCUUUGA